AUGUUCUUCUUCUUUUUUUUCUUCGUUUGCAUCUGCAAUUUCUCCCUUGCUGAUGUGGGCACCGCCAGCCUAUACAAUCCCCCUUAUACACCCACUGCGUGUUACGGCAGUGUUGCUUCACAAUUCCCGUCAAGCAACCUGUUUGCAGCCGCCGGAGAGGGGAUAUGGGAUAAUGGCGCCUCCUGUGGACGUCAAUAUUUGGUAAGAUGUAUCAGCGCCGCUGUGUCGAACACUUGCAUUCCGGGACAGACAAUUCAAGUGAAGAUAGUUGACCGGGCUCAAACUUCGGUUUCUCGGCCAACCAGAGAAGGAGUCACCAUAGUACUAUCAAAUACAGCGUUUGGUACAAUUGGAAAUCCGCCUGCAACUUCCAUGAACAUUGAAAUUCAACAGUGA